AUGGCUGAUAUUACGGUCAGGCUCCGCCGCCUUUCGCAUUCCAUCGAGCGCUUGAUGUCCAUCGCGGGCACUCCAGGCGUGGCCAUCAGUGUAAUGACCAAGGACUAUCCGAUUUCCUACGACAAUCAUUGCUUUCGCGACGUUGAAAAUAAACUCGCUGUCACUGAAGAUACAAUCUUUCCGAUAUGUUCCUUGACCAAAGCCAUCACUGCCGCAGGAGUUAGUCUCCUUGUUGAGGAGGAUCGGGUAACAUGGGAUAGCCUCAUCAAGGAUAUCCUGCCUGAUUUCCGCUCCGUAAACCCUGUGCUUCAUAACGAUACUACCAUAACGGACAUUCUUUCCCACUGUACUGGGAUGGGCUGGGGUGAUAAUGUUAUUCUUGGAACUGCGGGUAACAUUCUUCUCGGCUCUGAAGACAUUAUGAAAUACAUCAAUAACAGGCCUCUCGUACGUCCAUUUCGUGCUCAGUUUGGAUACAACAACCUCCACUACGAAUUGGCUGACUCUAUUAUUGAACAGGUCAGUGGCCAGCCGUACUUCUACUUCAUGCAAAGCCGCCUCCUGGACCCUCUUGGCAUGGAACGGACCUCCUUCCAGGCGCCCUCAAAAAGUGUCCACGGUGUAGCUGUAUGCUACAACACUCUCGACGAUGCUUCCGCGGUCCCUAUCGACUUUCUUAAGAUAGGUGAUGAUGGGUACGGUGCCGCUAGCGGCGGGGCACGUUCGUCAGUCAAAGAUCUGCUCAAACUAUACAGCAGCUUUAUCAAAGGCUCCAAUUCUCAGGCCAGUGGAAACGUUAGCCCUGACGUUGGCUCGCCCCUCAAACAGCUGAGCCAUAUAAUCUCUGCAAAGAUUUCAUUUGACCAACCAUCGCAGCACGAGGCCUCGUAUGCAUUCGGAUGGGGAAGAGUUCAGCUUCCAGGUCGCUUCGGACAGAUCGGCCAACUGAUCAUUGAAGAGAUUGUUAACGCACCUUCAGAGCUCAGAAUCGACUUUAUUGGGCUAGCAGAAGCGGCUGUUACUGAGAAUCUGAAAUGGUACCCCCGAGUGUUGGACGAACUGGAGAAGGGUAGGAAAGCGGGAACAUCACCAAGACCACUCACCGAGUACGUCGGCACCUACUGGGAUGACUUGCAUAUACUUAAGGUCGAAGUCAAACUUGUUUGA